AACUUGGCCAAGCUCGUCUCACUGCAGGGUUCACUCAUUUCUUUGCGAAGGUACCGAUCGUUUACGACGAUCGAACCUCACGCUUGGAUCGUGUUCCCAAUAAUCCAGAUUAGAACGAAAGAAAAUCGACCAAAAUGGCUUCAGCCAGUAUCAGAUGGGUAGUGUUCACAACCUUAGUCUUCUUCUUCGUACGAGAUUGCUCCGGUCAGUUGGUCACUGGUUUCUACAACGCCACAUGCCCAAACCUGACCUCCAUAAUCAGCAGCAGGCUUAACAUACUUCUUGCUGCGGACGUGGGUUUAGCUGCCGGACUUCUGCGCCUGCACUUUCACGAUUGCUGGGUCCGGGGAUGUGAUGGGUCCGUGCUCCUCAAUUCAACGAAUGGAAAUGUAGCAGAGAAAGACUCAACGCCAAAUGCGAACUCUCUGAUAGGAUUUGCGGAGAUCGACACCAUCAAAUCGGACGUUGAGGCUGCAUGCCCGGGUGUCGUUUCAUGCGCUGAUAUCUUGGCACUAGCAGCAGAAGAUGCGACUAGCAAGGUUGGAAACGUGUCCUGGCCAGUGCCUACGGGCAGGAGAGACGGAACUGUGUCUAUCGCGUCGGAGGCCGUCACCAACCUUCCACCUCCUUCGUUUAACUUUGCACAACUUGUCCAAAACUUUGCUACCUUUGGCCUUGACACGAAGGACAUGGUUGUUCUCUCAGGUGCGCAUACAAUAGGCAGAACACGUUGCUUACAUGUCACUCAACGGCUGUGGAAUUUUACGGGCGUGUUCAACACUACUGAUCCCUCUAUAAAUGCGACAUUCGUCGAUUUCCUCAAGGGCGUGUGCCCAUCAAACGCAGGCACCAGGCAAUUUGUUUCGCUGGAUUCUACAGGUCAAACUUUCGACAGUAUAUUCUACAACAAUAUUUUGGCCUUGAAAGGAGUUCUUGGUUCUGAUAGUGAACUGAUCAACAACGCACAAGGCCUGCAGAUCAUCAACACCAUGCUAGCAAACAUUUCCUUCGCUGCGGACUUUGGAGUGUCUAUGGUGAAGCUGGGCAAUGUUCAAGUAAAGACAGGAACGGUCGGAGAAAUCAGAAAGAAUUGCGCUGUAAUCAACUCCUAGUCGCACGAAUAUUCAUGUGAGAAAUGUAGUCUCUGAAACAAAAUUUUGUCGAUCUUCUUUUCCAGUUCAUUCAGCAUUUAUAUAUAUGCAGAUCAUUUCUGGAGCCUCCAUAUAUCUGUUACCUCUUCUCUGCUCGUAGCACGCUCUCUUGGAUGCAGGAACCUCAGAUCAUAAAUCCUUGGUUGCAUAAGGGGAUAAGUUCCUAGCUCGGCCUGCUCUCUUGGUCUGCAAAGAACCGUCUUAAGGUUCCUGCAUCCAAGAGGAUGUGCAGUUCGCUCGACAAGCACUUAGUAUUUGCUUGUCCAUGUAUAAAACGCAUACCUAUUCAAGGUCAACGCUGUAAAUAAAUUUGAUCGCUGAAAGCUCGAAACCGCGGAAUGCUUUCAUCUUUUCCU